AUGACUAGAUCAGGCGGGACGCCUCUAAAUCGGCCAAGCAGAGAAAAGAGCAACGAGAAGAACGGUGUGAAGCGUAAGAGCAAGGGCAAGCGCAGGAGCAGCGGUGUGAGAAGCAGUAUAAGUAGCGGCAUAAACAGCCGCGUUAACACUAACCCUAGCGGCAAAUCUAACGGCAAUCCGAGCGGCAACCAGAGCGGCAAACCUAAGGACAACCAAAGUUCCAUCGAUGACCACAGCGCCACCAAGGUGGGAACAGACAACCCCUCGAGCAGCAGCCCCAAGUGCGCCGGGAACGGUAGCGGAAAUGAUGACUACUAUGCCAUAUUGGAAGAAUUAGGAAAAUCUGAAACGCCCAAAUUUAGAUCCGUCAAGGAUAGCAUGGAUGAAAAUCUCAACCUUGAAUUUUUGAGAUCCUCCAGUGAAAAUUACACUUACAAGAUUACAUCCAGAGGCCCCGUGUGCUACUCGGCCCUCUACCGUGACGACAAAUACGUCUACCGCCACAUAAUCCUGAGCGACAACGUGAGACAGUAUGCAGAGAGCAAAGUGCGAAAAACAAAUGCCUUCUUAACCGAGCACUGCAUUGUGAAUGAAUUACAAAUAGAUAUAGGAAAGGGGUGGAAGCAUUUCAUGAUUUACGAUGGUAAGAUUCGGGAGCUGAUUUUGCGAAAGGUUCUGACCGCUGAGGACAAGUUACGAAUGGCCGUCCAGGCACAGAAGUAUAACUAA